AGAACGAAAAUAUCAAGAAUGCUCAAGAGUGCUAAAUAUUGUUGAUCUGCGAUUACAUCAAUUACUUUUAUCUGUGAUAUCACUUCGAGAAAACGUGACAUUUAAAGGAUUGGGUAAUAUGUGUACGGAUUCAUAGGCCGCCAGGAAUUGCAUUUAUGCACUAUCAUAUGGUAGUACCUGGAUUAUUUUACAUAUAAUUAUAUUCUUCUUAAAUGCAAUGGCCAGUGUUACUGCAGUCGACUUGGACCGAGCAUCUAUGCGUAAGCCUCAAACUUAAUGAUGCCAAAGAAAAACUUAUGAUUGCUGAACAUGGUGUGGACUUUCUGGAGAAUAAAUUAAAAUACAAGUUCAAAAUCUUCCUUGAGUGUUUAUAAUGGAAAUUUAAAAAAGCAAAAAGCCAAGGGGUUCGUUAUGGUAAAGAUUAAAUAGGUAGAAAUACACUGAUUAUCAGGUAAUUGCGACAGUGUUUUCAUAUCGUGGAAUAUACUGUAAGAUGGUGCCCAGGACCAUCUUGUGGUUUGUGUUCUUGACGAUUUGUCUCCAAUAUGCUACACAGACAGGAAUGAACAAUGAAGUUCUCUUUUCCUGUGACUUCGGUAAUAACACGGAUGAGACGUUAUGUGGUAUGAAGCAGAGUGUAGAUGAUGACUUUGACUGGAAACUGACCUCGACCUCUGGCAAAUCAAACACAGGUCCCAUGGAGGAUCAUACAGGAAACCAAGAUGGUGGAGCUUGAAAAAAAAUCAACGCAGGACCUGUGAUCAAACGACAUGUUCAAGAUCGGGAUGGUAUAUCCAAUAUGUUUUGCGUUAGCCAUGUAAGACUGGAAACUGACCUCAACUUCUGAGAAACCAAACACAGGCCCUAUGGAGGAUCAUACAGGAAACCAAGAUGGGGGAGGAAGGUUCUUAUGGUCAGACUCAAAUGAUGGAAAUAAUGGUCAGAAGGCUACUAUAGCAAUCCCUCCAUUCAAUCUGACAGAUGAUCAAGGUUUGCUGACUUUCUGGUAUCACUUAUAUGGGGAUGGAAGACUUGAGAUUAUUGUAUGUCAAGGCGGGGAGACAGCCCUAACUCUGGACGGAGAUAAAAGAAACCAAUGGCAUCAAAGAAACAUGACAGUGUCUUGUGGAGACCUUCCACUUCAGAUUACAUUCACUUCAAUCAGGAAUUCAAAUAAGGCUGAUGUGGGUAUCGAUGAUAUUUUCAUUUAUAAUCUGCCACAGGCUACUACAAACAGCGCAAGCACCGAUGUCCCAACCACACCUGUCAUGCCUGUGUCAUCUAGUUCGCCUACCUCAAACCAGGUACUCACCACCGCUCCUGGUAUUUCCGUUGCAACAUCGGAUGAGCUAACAACUGGUACAGGGAUGGCCAUUCCGUCAUCAAGUUCUAUGUCACCAAUCCCGAGAAAAGGAUCAAGCCCUGUAUUGCCGAUUUCUUUAAGUGCCGCUGGUUUACUUUUAAUAGCCGCAGUAAUACUUCUUGUCUGUUUCAUCAGAAAUAGACACCGACAACCAGAAAAGCCUAUUUCCCAGGAGUCCAUCCAUAGAUACGACAACCAUGCUUACAGCACGGGAAUGGACGGGCUAAACCAAAGUACACGAGAUGCGCGACGGGACACCAACAGCACCUUCGACAGCAGCACGUGGCGCUCGACGGCUUCAACCCUGAACAACCCGGAUGUGAAUGGAACACUAAGCGGAAGUCAGCCACCGAAUGGUUCCAGUCAUGCUUCUCGUACUUCAAGGUCCGCAGUUCCAGGAGAUGAAGAAGAUGCGGAGACAAGGCAUUAUUUUGUGCUGAAUCCUGACCGCGCAUCCAUGCUCGUGGAGAAUGAAGAGAAUGGAGGCAGCAUGAGCCCCCGGGAUCCGGAGGCGCUGUAUGACAACAAACCAGAGCGCUACACCUACAUCGAUAACGAUACCUCCUCAGUUGCCAUGACAACGAGUAAUAGUCAUGGCGUGGGUUUAGAAGACAACGGUUACGAUCCGGUGACCGUGAAGGACGACAUCACCGGUGGGUACCAGUACGUCGAUGACACUGGAACGGCCGUUGCGAAUGACGCUUCUAAACGUGGCGAUCUUUCAAGUCCAUAUGAAACAGUGACUAUAACGGAGCUAUCCCCGCAAUCGAAAUCGAGGAACACUAAAUCGAGUGAGAGAAAGGUACCCGUUCCGGCGACAAGAAAGAAUAUUCCACCCAAACCCAAGGAAAGGAUGGUCGAUAAUAUUUUAUAUAAACCAAUGAAUGGUGAAAUAAGGGUUGAUAAUGUGAUAUAUAACCCUGUACAAGAUGACAGAUAGAUAUUUGUCUUAUCUUGUCUUGAGAAGAGAGUUAACAAUCUUUGGGAGGAUCGGUUUGUAAUCCAGUCUAAUACUUUUAUGGUCCGUAUUAUUUGGAACGUUCAGCUUCGGCAGGUCAAUAUUACGAUGGAUUAAAUGUUAAGGGAAAUUGUUGUCUCGCUGAAAGUAAAAUUAGAUAUGAUAAUGUGAUAUCAUUUCGUAAAAAAAUUACUUGAAAUAUUUUGUUUAUAUUUUUUUUAUUAUAAUGUAGUAAUAUUUUCGUUAACACUCCUCAACCUAUACUUCACAAUCAUGGUGCAAGCUACAAAAGCUGUUUCUCCUUUCUACAUCAAUCCCUUUCUCCAUUAUAUCUUAUCUUAGCUUGUGAUUUUUUUGUGGCGCACUGUAAAUUUUGUGACGAAUGUUCUAAAUACAAAAGCGUAUUUUGUUAUAUCUGCAAAUAGUUUAGUAUGCUAUUUUAUAUUAGUGGUUAGAUACUAACAUAUCCGCAUAAUUCAGUUAUAAAACGUUCAGAAGCGGAUCAACCAUAAUAAUAUAUACUAUAGUCUAUCUUAUGAUACCCAAUUGUCCAUUUACUUUGAGCAUUUCAAGAACUUGGAUGUGAGAUAACUUGCACUUUCAGAUUAUGCGGUGAUGGGGAAUGUUUUGUUAUUACUACUUUCAAAAUGUUACAAGGGAAUUUAUUCAAGAGAUUUGUAAAAUAAAUAUUAACUUAUAAAACUUCAGAUUUUUCCUUUUUUUCCUGAACGAGAAUUUAAUACUUGUUUCAACCACAAUAUCUCAGUAAGAUCCCUCGUUUUCAAAUUCGGGGUAAGAUAACAAUUUAAUAGUUAGAAAAUUGGCCGCAUAUUCCAUGUCUGGCCCGCUCAAAAUUUUAGGCUCAUUACGCACCUGGUUUGAACUGAUUCCAUAUUUACCUUAUGUUUAGUCAAUAUUAAAUUUCAAUAAUUCAAAA